AUGAGUGAGAAGACAUAUUUACCAAAUGAUGAACCUCUAAAGUCUUAUGCGGACAUCAACUAUCUUGACUUGGAUCAGCAUCAACACAUUUGGAAGCACAUUAUCGACUCGCAUCCUUUCAAUCGAGCUCUUACCGUCUUUCUGCCGUCCUGCUCUGUUAAUCUUGCAACAGAGCACAUGAAUCAGCAUCUCGGUUCUUACUACCAAAUUGAAUCGACAUUGGACUUUCUACUGGAACCCAAUUUCUUUCAGCAAUACAUCAAAUCUGAUCAAUGUCAACUCAUUAUGCAUAGCAUUGAUACCAACAUAAAUACAGAUGAUGUGGUUGUGCUAUCACCUUCAGGCACACUCUACUUUAGCUUGUUGAAACAGACAUUCGAGACAUUCGGCAUUGAAGCUUCUACAAGAUCCAAAGCAGAUAAAAAGCACGACAAACAUGUUGCUAUGGUAGAUUUGGAUAGCUCAGAUUUCAAGAUGGACAGUAAAUCAUACAAUAGAUUAGAGUGGUGUUUUGAGAAUACAAUGAAGAGUACAUUCAAACUUCAUCUUUGUGCAAUCGAUUCAGGUGAGUGGCAAUAG